CCCCCAAAAAAAAAACUUCUGACAACCGAUUACAGUCCGUUAGACGCUCCUGGCUGUAACACGCCCAUCGACUGUCCUCCUGCUCAGUAGCCAUGAUGCUUAGCAGCUCUGUCGAGGUGCCCAGUCCCGUCCACGGUGGCAUGUCCGGUCUCUCCGGGAUGAGGGUAGCAGUGGUGGGGAACGUCGUCCGGUCCUCCAGUAUCUCGGGAGCCAUGUACAGCCUGGAGAAGAGUCCCGGGAGUGGCGGUCGGCCGGGAGAGGUGGGGACGCUGGCCGGAAACAAGAAGAGACGCUCAAGCCUUGGAGCCAAGAUGGUGGCCAUCGUGGGUCUGUCGCAGUGGAGCAAGAGCACUCUGCAGCUCAACCAGCAAGAAGAACGAGCGAAGAAGUUACGCAGUACGAUCAGACGGAGCACGGAGACGGGCAUCGCUGUGGAGAUGAGAAACCGAGUCACGCGACAGGGUAGCAAGGAGUCCACCGACGGCAGCACCAACUCCAACAGCUCUGAUGGAACGUUUAUCUUCCCCCCUACUCGUAUGGGUCCUGAGAGCCAGUUUAGUGACUUCCUGGAUGGACUAGGCCCCGCCCAGAUCGUAGGCCGACAGACACUAGCCACUCCCUCCAUGGGUGACGUCCAUGUGGGUAUGGUGGACAGAGGAGGCCAGCUAGAGGUGGAGAUCAACCAGGCCAGAGGACUGACCCCUAAACCAGGGUCAAAGAACAUCCCAGCAACCUAUGUAAAGGUGUAUGUGUUGGAGAAUGGAGCAUGUCUGGCUAAGAAGAAGACCAGAGUGGUGAAGAAGACUCUAGACCCCUCCUACCAACAGGCCCUGCUGUUUGAAGAGAGUCCUCAGGCCAAAGUCCUACAGGUGAUUGUGUGGGGUGACUAUGGGAGGAUGGACCACAAGUGUUUCAUGGGCAUGGCUCAGAUCAUGCUGGAUGAGUUGGACCUUGGUGCCACGGUGAGCGGAUGGUACAAGCUGUUCCCCACCUCGUCUCUGGCUGACCCCAGCAUCGGACCCCUCACACGGCAACUGUCCCAGUCCUCACUGGAGAGCUGUGCCACCAGCCCCUCCUGUACCUAGACAGAGAGAACUAUAUACUCACACUCACACUCACACUCACACACACACACACACACACACACACACACACACACACACAUCAUGCAGAUAUGUUUUACACGCAGAAACGCAGUCAGACGUGUUUACAUACAGGCUUCUGCAUACACACGUGCCCAUCCAUAAACCCCUGCCACACACACACACACACUCCAACAUGCUGAUCCUCAGAUCCAUCCCCAUAACUAUGUCAGAUAACAUGAUUUACCAGAGCAUAGCAUUAUAGUAGCGUUACUUACUGCCCAAUAUCCCUGUCCCCUUCCCCCUUCCCC